AUGCGAUUGAAACGGCUGAGAUGGCUGCUGCUGCUCAUCAUAGAUGACAGCUGGGCCGCGCGUCCGGAGAGCCGGGAAGCGGCGCUGCUGAUGGGCCACGAUCCCGGAGCCGGGGACAGCCCGCCGCCUGGGCCACCGCCGCCUGGGCCACCGCCGCCAGCGGGGGGCCCGGCGCCGCCACCAGCGGGGGCGCCACCGCCAGCGGGGGGCCCGGCGCCACCGCCGGACGGGGGCGGGGCUCCGCCAGCAGGGGGUCCGGCGCCGCCGCCAGAUGCAGGGCCUGCCCCACCGCAGGGCACCGCUGCCGAGCAAGCGGAGCCACAGCCCAUCCCCGGCUCGGAGAAGUGGGGCAUCACUCACAACAAAGACAACACCUUCAAGUGCGGGGCCGCGGGCAAGCAGUACUGCUGUGUGCGUGGCAGCCAAUACGACGCCGAGCAGGACCUUUGCGGUCCAUCCAAAGGCCACGAGGAGGCGCCGCCUUCCCCGCAAGAAGAGAUUGACAAGUUCCAGCUGGCGCAAAAAACCUGGCGGAUCCCCGACGGCGUGGACCACGACGGGGUGCGCGGCUGCACGGUGAAGCACGCCAUCUCCUGCAAAGACGUGCUCCACGAGAAGCGCUGCUGCUGCAACCUCGGCUUCAAAUUCGACUGGGCCACGCGGGAGUGUGUGGACGACUCUACGGAUCUAACGAAUAAGGAGGACCCCAUCCCCGGCACGCAGAAGUGGGGCCUGCUGCACUCCAAGGGUGCGGCGGAUAAGUGCACCAGAGAUAAGACUCAUUGGUGCUGUCACCGAGCUUGCGAGUACGAGCUGGACCACGACCGCUGCGGCCGCUGCGAGAGCUACGAGGAUAAGACGCCAACCGCUGUGCAGACCAUCCUUGACACCUUCGCGGCCACACAGGGUAACUAUGUCAUCCCUCCUUCGAUCGAUAAGCCGGGCACCUUCGGAGGCUGCGACACCAAACAAGCGAAGAAGUGUGUCUCCUCGACCGAUGCCGAGAAGAAGAAGAUGUGCUGCUGCAAUCCAGGCCUGACCUACUCCUUCUUCUCGCGGGCCUGCGUGAGCCCUGCGCAGCUGCAGCAGGAGAAAACCCAGGACGCUCAGGCGAGAGGAAUGGCACCCGGGCCCGGCCAGCAGGGAGCCAAUGGCCAGCCCGGCCAGCAGGGAGCGCAGCCGAACGGCCAGCAGCAGAACGGCGGGCCUCCGCCGAACGAGAACGGCCAGGAGCAAGGAGGGGACGACGCCGCCGGCGGUCCGCCAAAGAGCGCGGCCCACCAGAGGCAAGCGAUGACGCUCUUGCUCUUGCUAGGCUGCCUCGCCGCGUAG